UUUCAACAUGGCCGCUGUGUCUACUCUCUCGAGUCUCGCUCGGAUCGGACUCUGACUGGACUUUCUCUGCCUCUCGCCGUGCCUCCCCGGAACCCCCCCCGGCCGUUCAUGAUCGCGGCUCGGAUGCGAUCACGUUCUCGGCGCCUGUCCCGUGCGCCGCGGCCCGCAUCCGCCGGAAUAACCUUCAGCGGAGCCCGAACACGAACGCGAACACGAACACACUCCCACCGUCGGGGCCUUUUUCCACCCCCCGAAAACAACUCAGUCAUCAGCAGCCUGCGACGCGAUGCUCUGAGCCGCUGCACUGGACCCCCGCUUUUUUUUUUAACGAACAAUGUGUGAAAACUGCGCCGAGCUGGUGGAGGUUCUAAAUGAAAUUUCCGACGCGGACGGCAGUGAAGGAGGAUUCCAGCUGAAGAAGGAACAUGCGCUACGAGUCCUGGGCUACAUCAGCUCCUGGACGCAAAGACAAUGUUUGUGCUGUUUCAAAGAGUACAAGCACUUGGAGGUGUUUAAUCAGCUGGUGUACGCGCUCAUCAACCUGGUCAUCGCUCAGAUCAGCAGCCUCCGGGACCGGCUCUGCUCCUUCGGCGGGGCCCCGGCUCCCAAGGGCCCGGGCUGGACCGGCGGGGGCUCCGUGUCCCCGCCCAGGCCCUCGUCCCCGGGCGAGGACGAGCAUGUGAACGUGGAGAGAGACUCGGCCGAAGAGGAUGAACCCAGCGCGCACGACAAAGUUGUGGAGAAGCUCCAGCCGCUCCAGGGGCAGGAGUCGUCGUGUGAAGCCCAGGCGGAGGUGCUGGACUGUGGGGAGAGUUCGUCGAAGGCGGGGGUGGAGUCUGGAGGAACAGACUCGGUGGAGAUGUUCAGUUCGUGGAACACGGAGGAGAGAGAGAAACUUCUGCUCUGCGCCGCCAAAAUCUUUCAAAUCCAGUUUCCUCUUUACACGGCGUACAAACACAACACACACCCCACCAUCGAGGACAUUUCUGCUCAUGAAAGCAACAUCCUGGGCUCCUUCUGCGACAUGAAUGACGUGGAGGUGCCUCUUCACUUGCUCCGUUACGUGUGUCUGUUCUGUGGUAAACACGGCCUCUCUCUGAUGAAAGACUGUUUUGAGUUUGGGACCCCGGAGACUCUGCCCUUCCCCAUCGCUCACGCCUUCAUCACCAUCGUGUCCAACAUCAGAAUCUGGCUGCACAUUCCCGCCGUGAUGCAGCACAUCAUCCCCUUCAGGACCUUCGUCAUCAGGUAUCUGUGUAAACUGUCCGACCUGGAGCUGAGGCAGACGGCCGCUCGUAACAUGGCCGACCUGAUGUGGAGCACGGUGAAGGAGCCUCUGGACGCCGCGCUCUGCUUCGACAAAGAGAGUCUGGACCUGGCCUUCAAAUACUUCAUGUCCCCCACGCUGACCAUGAGGCUCGCCGGACUCAGCCAGAUCACAAACCAGCUUCACACUUUCAACGACGUCUGUAACAACGAGUCUCUGGUCUCUGACACUGAAACGUCGAUAGCCAAAGAGCUCGCCGACUGGCUGAUUCACAAUAACGUCAUCGAGCACAUUUUUGGACCAAAUUUGCACAUCGAGAUCAUUAAGCAGUGCCAGGUGAUCCUGAACUUUCUGGCGGCAGAGGGGCGUCUCAGCACUCAACACGUGGACUGUAUCUGGGCGGCGGCGCAGUUGAAGCACUGCAGUCGAUACAUUCACGACCUGUUUCCGUCUCUCAUCAAAAACCUCGACCCGGUUCCUCUGAGACACGUCCUCAACCUGGUCUCUGGACUGCACCCCAGCGCCCACACGGAACAGACCCUGUACUUGGCGUCGAUGCUGAUUAAAGCUUUGUGGAACAACGCUUUGGCGGCGAAGGCUCAACUCUCCAAACAGAGCUCGUUCGCUUCUCUGCUCAACACCAGCCUCCCCAUGAACAAGAAAGGGUCUCCGGCUGCCAGUCCAGACAGCAGUGAUAACAGUGACACUCAGCACAGCGGAGGCUCCGACAUCGAGAUGGACGAUCCUGUGAUGAGCAGCAAACGCACCCAACAAAGACUCUCCGACACAGAGGAGUCGAUGCAGGGCAGCUCGGACGAGACGGCGAACAGCGUGGAGGAGGGCAGCAGCAGCGGACGCAGCGAAGCCUCCAGCAACGAAGCGGCGUCCAGCAGAGCCAGCCAAUCAGCAGCCAGCCCCGGGAGCGACAUCCAAUCAGACGACAUGAACGACUCCGAGGCUCUGAAGGAGGAAGAGGAGGAGGAGGACGAGGAGGAGUGCCCACCCGAGACGCCGAAGGACCAGUCGCGGGAGCAGCCGGAGUCGAGGAAGAGGAAGGCGGGCGAGGCUCUGGGCGAGGAGGCGGGGUCUAACGCUGCGGCGGCGGGCGGGGGCGCGGCCAAAGCCAAGCCCCUCCCGUUCGUCCCGGAGGCGUCGGGCGCGAUGGCGGCGGCGGCGGCGGGUCUGGACGGGAGGAUGCGUCUGUUGGAGCAGCAGUGCGGCUCGGCGGCGGCGGCGGGGAGGACGGAGGGGCCCGACGCGCAGCAGGCCGUGCCCGACGUCGGGGCCUCGCCGCUGGGGCAGGGAGCGACCGAGCCCCCCUGUCUGCCCCGACCCGCAGACUUCCUCGGAGACGCCAUGAGCAGCGAGAUCUUCAACUGCAGGAGGUUCAUCGGACCACAGCACCAUCAUCAUCAUCACCACGAAGGACCACAGCACCAUCAUCAUCAUCACCACGAAGGCGCUCUGGUGGAGGACAUGCUGAGCGCCGACGACGUGAGCUGCAGCAGUUCUCAGGUCAGCGCCAAGUCGGAGAAGAACAUGGCCGACUUCGACGGCGAGGAGUCGGGCUGCGAGGAGGAGCUCGUCCAGAUCAACUCUCACGCAGAACUGAGCUCGCACCUGCAGCAGCACCUGCCCAACCUGGCCUCCAUCUACCACGAGCACCUGGUGCAGGGUCCGGCGGUUCAUAAACACCAGUACUCGAGUCACGCCGUCACUGACAUAAACCUGGACAAUGUUUGUAAGAAGGGAAACACUCUGCUGUGGGACCUGGUGCAGGACGAGGACGCCAUCCAUUUGUCUGAAGGCCUGAUAAACGAAGCGGAGAAGCUGCUGUGUUCGUUGGUUUGCUGGUUCACGGACCGACAGAUACGAAUGCGCUUCAUCGAGGGCUGUUUGGACAACCUCGCCCACCACAGGUCUGUGGUCGUUUCUCUGCGUUUGCUCCCAAAACUUUUCGGCACUUUUCAGCAGUUCGGCUCCAGUUACGACACUCACUGGAUCACCAUGUGGGCGGAGAAGGAGCUGCACAUGAUGAGGCUGUUCUUCGACGAUCUGCAGUUUUACAUCCAGGAGGUCAGAGAACAGAGGCACAAGUUUGCACUGUACAGUCACAGUGCGGAGGUCCAGGUCCGACUGCAGUUUCUCACCUGUGUCUUCUCCACUCUGGGCUCACCGGACCAUUUCAGGCUGAGUCUGGAGCAGGUGGACAUCCUGUGGCACUGUCUGGUUGAAGACUCUGAAUGUUACGACGACGCGCUGCACUGGUUUCUGAACCAGGUCCGGUCCAAAGACCAACACGCCAUGGGCAUGGAGACCUACAAGCACCUGUUCCUCGAGAAGAUGCCUCAGUUGAAGCCGGAGACCAUCUCCAUGACGGGUCUGAACCUGUUCCAGCACCUGUGUAACCUGGCCCGCCUCGCCACCAGCGCCCUGGACAACGCCGCCAGCUGUGAGUUGUGUGGGAUGGACCAGCUGUGGGGCAUCGCUCUCCGGGCUCAGUCCGCAGACAUCAGCCGCGCAGCCAUCCAGUACAUCAACUCCUACUACAUCAACGCGGGUAAAACGGGUCUGGAGAAGGAGCAGGAGUUCAUCAGGAAGUGCAUGGAGAGUCUCCUCAUGGCGUCCGCCAACCUGGAGAAGGACGCUCACUCCAGUCUGACCAGUAUAGAGAGAGGGCUGCUCAUGUUGAAGACUCACCUGGAGGCCUUCAGACGCAGGUUUGCGUAUCACCUGCGUCAGUGGCAGAUCGAGGGCACUGGCAUCAGCAGCCACCUCAAAGCCCUGAGCGACAAACAGUCUCUGCCCCUGAGGAUCGUGUGCCAACCUGCAGGACUCCCCGACAAGAUGACCAUAGAGAUGUACCCGAGCGACCAGGUGGCGGACCUGAGGGCCGAGGUCACGCACUGGUACGAGAACCUGCAGAAGGAGCAGCUCAACCAGCAGCCGCAGCUCCAGGAGUUUGGGCAGAGCGCGAGGCAGAGCAGCGGAGACUUCCCAGGGGGGCUGAUGGGGCCCGUCAGGAUGAUCUCGUCCGGACACGAGCUGACCACGGACUACGACGAGAAAACUCUGCACGAGCUCGGGUUUAAAGACAUGCAGAUGGUGUUCGUGUCGUUGGGCGCCCCCCGGAGGGAGAGGAAGGGCGAGGGCGUCCAGCUGCCCGCCUCCUGCCUGCCCCCGCCGCAGAAGGAGCACAUCCCCAUGCUGCUGCUGCUCCAGGAGCCGCACCUCACCUCCCUGUUCGAGCUGCUGGAGAUGUUGGCCUGCUUCAAACCGCCCGGCCCCCACGCGGACAAGACCCAGGACAACUCCGAGAGCGGUCGCUGCGAGGAGCUGCACCUUCACGCGGAGAAUCUGUCCCGACGCGUCUGGGAGCUGCUGAUGCUUCUGCCCACGUGUCCCAAGAUGCUCCAGGCCUUUCAGAACAUCUCAGACGAACCGACGGACGACGGUCUGUGCUGGAAGGAGCUGCUCAGGAUCAAGAGUCCUCACAAACUGCUGUACGCUCUGGAGAUCAUCGAAGCUCUGGGCAAACCCAACCGAAGAAUCCACAGAGAGUCCACCGGCAGUUACAGCGACUUGUAUCCAGACUCUGACGACUCCAGUGAAGAUCAGAUCGAGAACAGCAAAAACUCCUGGAGCUGCAAAUUUGUUUCGUCUGGAGGUCUUCAGCUGCUUUUGGAAAUCUUUAACUCUGGAAUUUUGGAGCCGAAAGACCAAGAGUCGUGGACCGUGUGGCUGCUGGACUGCCUGGCCUGCCUGCUGAAGCUCAUCUGUCAGUUUGCGGUGGACCCCGCAGACCUGGACUUGGCCUAUCACGACGUGUUCUCCUGGUCCGGGCUCAACGAGAGCCAGAGGAAGAGGACGUGGCCGGGGAAGUCCAGGAAGUCCACAGUGGAGCACGGCAAAGGACUGCACAUCCCACGACUCACCGAGGUGUUCCUGAGUCUGGUCCAGGGCACGUCUCUGAUCCAGCGUUUGAUAAAUGUCGCCUACACCUACGACAACCUGGCGCACAGAGUUUUGAAGGCUCAGUCCGACCACCGAUCACGACACGAAGUGACGCAUUACUCCAUGUGGCUGCUGGUCAGUUGGGCUCACUGCUCCUCGUCGGUAAAGUCGAGUUUGGCCGACAGCGAGCACCUGCACGACUGGCUCAAGAAGCUCACCCUGCUCAUCCCGGAGCCCGCGGUCCGUCAUGAAGCCUGUAACGGUCUGUAUAAACUCUCCCUGUGUGGCCUGGAGGGGGGAGAGUCCAUCAACCGCUCCUUUCUGCUGCUCGCCGCCUCCACGCUGCUCAAGUUCCUCUCAGACGCCCAGGCCCUCAAACCUCUGCGGGCGGAGGAUUACGAGGAGGAGCCUCUGAGGACCGGCUGUAAAGAAUACUACUGGCUCCUGUGUAAACUCACGGACAAUAUCCACGUGAAGGACGCCAGCCAGACGACCCUCCUGGACCUGGACGCUCUGGCACGACACCUGGCAGACUGUAUCCGCAGCCGUGAGAUCCUGGACCAGCAGGACGGGGCCAUCGAGGACGACGGCCUGACGGGUCUGCUGCGACUGGCCACCAGCGUCCUGAAGCACAAGCCGCCCUUCAAGUUCUCCCGCGAGGGCCAGGAGUUCCUGCGCGACGUCUACAACCUCCUCUUCCUCCUGCCCAGCCUCUCCGACCGCUCCCAGCCCAAGUGCAAGUCCCACUCUGCCCGCGCCGCCGCCUACGACCUCCUGGUGGAGACCGUCAAGGGCUCCGUGGACAACUACAGGCUGCUCCACAACUGGGUCAUGGCCCAACACAUGCAGACGUCUCACGCUCCGUACAAGUGGGACUACUGGCCUCACGAUGACGUCAGAGCUGAAUGUCGCUUUGUGGGCCUCACAAACCUUGGAGCCACCUGUUACUUGGCCUCCACCAUCCAGCAGCUCUACAUGAUCCCCGAGGCCCGACAGGCCGUGUUCACCGCCAAGUACGCAGAGGACAUCAAGCACAAGACGACUCUGCUGGAGCUGCAGAAGAUGUUCACCUACCUCAUGGAGAGCGAGAGGAAGGCGUAUAACCCUCGUCCGUUCUGUAAAACCUACACGAUGGACAAACAGCCUCUGAACACCGGAGAACAGAAGGACAUGACGGAGUUCUUCACAGACCUCAUCACCAAGAUCGAGGAGAUGUCCCAAGACUUGAAAAACACAGUGAAGACUUUGUUUGGAGGCGUCAUCACCAACAACGUGGUUUCUCUGGACUGUGACCACGUGAGUCAAACGGCAGAGGAGUUCUACACGGUCCGGUGCCAAGUGGCCGACAUGAAGAACAUUUAUGAGUCUCUGGAUGAAGUGACGAUCAAAGACACUUUGGAGGGAGACAACAUGUACACCUGCUCCCAGUGCGGCAAGAAAGUGCGACUCGCGGAGAGGGCGUGUUUUAAGAAGCUUCCUCGGAUCCUGAGUUUUAACACGAUGCGUUACACGUUCAACAUGGUGACGAUGAUGAAGGAGAAAGUGAACACGCACUUUUCCUUUCCUCUGCGGCUGGACAUGACGCCGUACACCGAGGACGUGCUCAUGGGCAAAGGCGACCGCAAAGAAGGUUUCCGUGACGAAGGGGAGGGGUCAAAGGGGUCAAAGGUCACAGAGAGUUACGAGUAUGACCUCAUCGGGGUGACGGUUCACACGGGGACGGCGGACGGAGGACACUACUACAGCUUCAUCAGAGACAUCAUCAACCCCCACGCCUACAAGAACAACAAGUGGUAUUUAUUCAACGACGCGGAGGUGAAGCCGUUCGACUCUGCUCAACUCGCCUCCGAGUGUUUCGGGGGAGAAAUGACGACCAAAACCUACGACUCUGUGACCGACAAGUUCAUGGAUUUCUCCUUUGAAAAAACCCACAGUGCCUACAUGCUGUUCUACAAGAGAGUGGAGCUGGAGGAGGACAACGGGAAAGACUUCAGCUUCGACGUGUCUCCAGAUCUGCUCGAGUGGAUCUGGCACGACAACAUGCAGUUUCUCCAGGACAAGAACAUCUUUGAGCACACGUACUUUGGCUUCAUGUGGCAGCUCUGCAGCAGCAUCCCCAGCACUUUACCAGACCCAAAGUCUGUCUCCCUCAUGACUGCAAAGUUGAGCACCUCAUUUGUACUUGAAACCUUCAUUCACUCCAAGGAGAAGCCCACGAUGCUGCAGUGGAUCGAACUCCUCACCAAACAGUUCAACAACAGCCAGGCCGCCUGCGAGUGGUUUUUGGAUCGGAUGGCGGACGACAACUGGUGGCCGAUGCAGAUUCUGAUUAAAUGUCCCAAUCAGAUCGUCAGACAGAUGUUCCAGAGGUUGUGUAUUCACGUGAUCCAGAGACUGAGGCCUGUUCACGCUCAUCUGUAUCUGCAGCCGGGGAUGGAGGACGGUUCUGACGACAUGGACGGGCCUGUGGAGGACAUCGGGAGCCGCUCUUGUGUGACGCGCUUCGUGAAAACGCUGCUGUCCAUCAUGGAGCACGGAGUCAAACCGCACAGCAAACACCUCACCGAGUAUUUCGCCUUCCUCUACGAGUUCGCCAAGAUGGGGGAGGAGGAGAGUCAGUUUUUGUUGUCGCUUCAAGCCAUCUCCAUCAUGGUGCACUUCUACAUGGGAACCAAAGGGCCAGAAAACCCGCAGGUGGAGGUUCUGUCGGAGGAGGAGGCCGAAGAGGAGGACGAGGAGGAGGACAUCUUGUCUUUGGCGGAGGAGAAGUAUCGACCUGCGGCUCUGGAGAAGAUGAUCGCUCUCAUCGCUCUGUUAGUGGAGCAGUCCAGAUCUGAGAGACACUUGACUCUGUCCCAGAGCGACAUGGCGGCGCUGACCGGAGGAAAAGGAUUCCCCUUUCUGUUUCAGCACAUCAGAGACGGAAUCAACAUCCGACAAACCUGCAACCUGAUCUUCAGCCUGUGUCGCUACAACAACCGACUCGCAGAACAUAUCGUGUCGAUGCUUUUCACGUCUAUCGCAAAACUAACUCCAGAGGCGGCCAACCCGUUCUUUAAGCUCCUGACGAUGUUGAUGGAGUUUGCAGGAGGACCUCCAGGGAUGCCCUCCUUCGCCUCCUACAUCCUCCAGAGGAUCUGGGAGGUGAUCGAGUAUAACCCGUCUCAGUGUCUGGACUGGCUCGCCGUCCAAACCCCGAGGAACAAACUGGCCCACAGCUGGGUCCUGCAGAACAUGGACAACUGGGUCGAACGCUUCCUGCUGGCGCACAACUACCCCCGAGUCCGAGCGUCGGCGGCGUACCUGCUGGUGUCCCUGAUUCCGAGUAACUCGUUCCGUCAGAUGUUCCGCUCGACUCGCUCGCUGCACCUGCCGACGCGGGAGCUUCCUCUUCCUGCCGACACGACGGUGGUUCUACACCAGGUCUACAACCUGCUGCUGGGCCUCCUGGGCCGAGCCAAACUGUACGUGGACGCCAGUGUCCACGGGACCACCAAGCUGGUGCAGUACUUCAGCUUCAUGACCUACUGCCUCAUCUCCAAGACCGAGAAGAUCAUGUUCUCAGGAUGCUUCAUGGACCUCUGGAACCUCUUUCAGCCCAAACUGUCGGAACCCGCCAUCGCCACAAAUCACAACAAACAGGCGCUGCUCUCGUUCUGGUACAACGUGUGCGUGGACUGUCCCGAGAACGUCAGGCUGGUGGUGCAGAACCCGGUGGUCACCAAGAACAUCGCCUUCAACUACAUCCUGGCCGACCACGACGACCAGGAGGUGGUGCUGUUCAACCGCGGGAUGCUGCCGGCGUAUUACGGGAUCCUGCGUCUGUGCUGCGAGGCCUCGCCCGCCUUCACCCGCGCCCUCGCCUCCCACCAGAACAUCCAGUGGGCCUUCAAGAACCUGACGCCCCACGCCAGCCAGUACCCCGGGGCGGUGGAGGAGCUGUUCAGCCUCAUGCAGCUGUUCGUGGCUCAGAGGCCGGACAUGAGGGACGAGGAGCUGGAGGACAUCAAACAGUUCAAGAAAACCACCAUCAGCUGCUACCUGCGCUGUCUGGACGGACGCUCCUGCUGGACCACGCUCAUCAGUGCCUUCAGAGUUUUACUGGAGAACGACGAGGACAGGCUCCUGGUGGUGUUCAACAGAGGACUCAUCCUCAUGACCGAGUCUUUUAACACGCUGCACAUGAUGUACCACGAGGCGACGGCGUGUCACGUGACCGGAGACCUGGUGGAGCUGCUGUCCAUCUUCCUCUCGGUGCUCAAGUCCACCAGGCCCUACCUGCAGAGGAAAGACGUGAAACAGGCUCUGAUCCAGUGGCAGGAGAGAAUCGACUUCGCCCACAAACUGUUGACUCUGCUGAACUCCUACAGCCCCCCAGAGCUGCGGAACGCAUGUUUAGACGUGCUGAAGGAGCUGGUGUUGCUCAGUCCUCAUGAUUUCCUCCACACGCUGGUCCCGUUUCUACAGCACAACCACUGCACCUACCACCACAGCAACAUCCCCAUGUCCUUCGGGCCGUACCUGCCGUGUCGGGAGAACAUCAAACUGAUGGGAGCCAAAAACAACAUCCGCCCGCCCCGACCUGAGCUCAACAUGUGUCUGCUGCCGUCGAUGGUGGAGAGCAGCAAGGGUAAAGACGAGGUGUACGACCGCAUGCUGCUGGACUACUUCCUGUCCUACCACCAGUUCAUUCACCUGCUCUGUCGCGUCGCCGUCAACUGCGAGAAGUUCACGGACACGCUCGUCAAACUCAGUGUUCUGAUCGCGUACGAAGGCCUGCCGCUGCACCUCACGCUGUUUCCCAAACUGUGGACGGAGCUGUGUCAGUCUCAGACGGCGCUGUCCAAGUCGUGUGUGAAGCUUCUGUGCGAGGACCCGGCCUUCAGUGAAUACAUGAAGUGUAUCGUGAUGGACGAGCGCUCCUUUGUCAACCUGGGUCCGGCCUUCUCCUUUCUGUCCUGCUUCAUGCCCAAAGUCCAGGUCCUGUCUGCGCCCGGACGCUCCAACCUCAUCAGUGUUUUAGUCACAAACCUCCUGAACGAAGAGAGCAGCCUGCAGCCGGCGCUCUGCAGCCACAAGGGGGAGCUGCACAAGAGCUGCAGCCUGCUCAACGCCGACCUUCGGGUGCUCCUGCUGCUCCUCUCGUCUCAGCCUCAGGCCUCAGACUCCGCCCUCGGCCCCGCCCUCAGCCCCGCCCUCUCCGAGCUGCUGGGGCGAUGUCGUCUGUGCGUGCAGCAGCGCAGCGCCAUGGAAACCGAGGCGCAGCGCGGCAAAGCCGACGACGACGGGGCGACGCCGGUGAAGCGACGGCGGGUGAGCGGAGACGACGCCCCCUCCACGUCCUCCGGCCCCGUCUGCGACCCCAAACCCGACCCCCACGACCCCCACGACCCCUCCUCCGACACGGAAACGCGGGACUCCUCCUCCAUCAUCGACCCGGGCAGCGAGCACGACCCGCCCUCCCCUCCGGCGCCCCCCGCCGUUCAGCCGGACCACGCGGCGCCGAAAGACUCCAAACCGGACGCCUCCUCCUCCUCCUCGUUGCCCUCCGCUUCCUGCCUGGAGGCGGGGCCGACGCAGGAAGCGGAGGAGCCACGCGGCGGGAAACAGGAACGGGAGGCGGCGGAGGACCAAACAUGUGCCUCAAAAGACGAAACGAAGCCAGAAGCCGAGGCGAAGAGUUCGGACGAGGUGGUUUUCCCGUCUUGCCUCGAGGGAAUGCCCUUCGCUCCCGACAUGUUGGACACUUUGUACAGGACGGUGGAGGCCGCCGUCGCCGUGGUGAACAAACUCACGCCCAAAAGCCCGCCUUCGUCGUCAUGACAACGCAGCACCGAACCACCAACUCCGGCUGUUUUUGUACAAAUCCGCUCUUCUGUCUCAGCCCCGGUCUGCUCCUCGCCAUGUUCACGCCGCCGUACUUGAAAAACGCAAAACGCAGUAUUCCGCAGCGGCGAGAAAAACGAAAAAAAACAAAAACACAAGGUUGAAUUUAAAGUAUCGUAAAGAUGCACUGUGUAACUUUCUGUCACCGUGGAGAUGUUGUUUAAUUACCCGGAAAUGUUCACAGUUUGACAUUUAAACUGAUCAAUUUAUUUUUUAAGGUGUUGUUUUAUUGUUGAAAAGAAAAGAAAAAACACCUCGACUUACGUAAUAAGCCGGGUUAAUGCCGUACUGCGGGACAUCGCCAGGCGCUGGACUCGUACCAGGAAAAGUUACGCAGUGCGCCUUUAAAGAGGGGGUGUUUCGCUGAAUGUCUGAAGGGGUUUUUAGAGUCAUCCGUGCAUGUUUGAGUCAUCUAGCGAUCUCUUCUCCCGGGCCCUGUUCAAACCCCGCUUUUGGUCCGCAGUAUGAGACCACGCCCCCUUUCUAAAGCUCCGCCCACAAGCCAAAAAACCCGAAACGAACCUGAAACGAAUCGCACUUCUUAACGCGAAACCUGCUCGUGUCUCUCGCGAUUGGUUUCAUUUAGACUGCGGAACAUUCUAGACAAAGCAAUCACAUCGCCACGGAGACAAACGGGCGGCGGGCGCUGUUUAAACCCUCUGUAUGAUUCUGUACGAGGCUCCGCCCACGAGCCCACGCCACCCGCGCUCCCACACGACAAAUCUCCUCCGUAAAUACACAAAAACUACACUACGACUUCACAAACCCGACGCGAGGAUGUGCAGGAGUUUCAGUCGCGGGACGCACGGUGAGUGUGUCACGAUGGCGCUCUGAAGGGGGAGUGACUUAGCGCGGAGAGCAAAUGUAAGUGUAGACGCUCGGGUCGCCCAAAACUUUAACUUUAACAAAAUUAAAACUUACAAAACACGUUAGUACGUCGCCUGAAGAGGUUUGAGAGUCAUCCGUGCGUGUUUGAGUCAUCUAGCGAUCUCUCCCGGGCCUUAUUCAAAGUUUCAGUAGCGGGAUGAUGGCGCUCUGAAGGGGGAGUGACUUAGCGGCGAGAGCAAAUGUAAGUGUAGACGCUCGGAUCGCCAAAAACUUUAACAAAAUGAAAACUUGCAAAACAUGUCAAUACGUCGCCUUAAGAGGUUUGAGAGACACUCAUGCAUGUUUGAGUCAUUUAGCGAUCUCUGAGGCCCCUGGGUACGAUUCUGUACGAGGCUCCGCCCACGAGCCUACGCCACCCGCGCUCCCACACGACAAAAUCUUCGUAAAUGCACAAAAACGUGACAAAAAAACCCGACACUACUACUACUACUACUUCACAAACCCGACGCGAUGACGUGCGGGAGUUUCGGUCGCGGGACGACGGCGCUCUGAAGGGGGAGUGACUUAGCACGGAGAGCAAAGGGAGCGGAGAGAUUCAGAUCGGCGAAAACCAAAUUAAAACAUGUUAAUACGUUGUUUUGGGCGAAUAGAACAUUUUCAAAACGAUAAAAGGAACACGGUGACCCCACAAAAGUGAAAAUUCCCCCUCUUUAAAGAACCGAAAAUUCAGCCCGAUUCUUAAAACGGGACUCAAAGCGCUCGCCCUCUCGCUGCGGGGUGAUCCGACACGUUCGUUCAUUACACUUCUUUUCUUCUUCUUCUUCGUUCGUCUAAAUGCGAAGUCUGUUUUCCGCGCAUUUCGAAAAAAACGUGCCAGAAAACAGAUAUUGUGGCGUGAACAUGGCUUCAGUUCUUCACAAAAAGGUCUAAAAAUCGUGCGUUUUUUUUUUUUUUUCUUUUUUUUUUUUUUUUUUUACUAAUUUGUUGCUUUUAUUUUGGAGUGCCGUGCGGGAAAGGUUUACACUUGUUAUUAUUUAAUUCUAUUUGUUUUUACGCUGUAUAGAGAUAGAGUCCUGUGCCAGUUUUGUACCAACGCUUGAGGCAAAACUUUGAAUUCUUUUUUUGCCUUGGAAAUUUUUUGACGCAAGUUUUAUGGGAGAUUCGUUUUCCGCAGAUUUUGGAUUUUAAAUCAGAAGUUGAAUUUCUCGCUUUGAAUUUUUUUUAAACUCUGGAAAAAAAACGUGUUUGAAGGGUUUUCGUUCUGAAUUUCAGUUUUCAGUGUCGGUGUGUUUAAAGGGCCGAUAAAUCCCAGUGUCAUUGGUUUUUCAAAAUAAAAGCAAAAAUAAAAUAAAAAAAAACACAAAAAAAAGUAAAAUAAAAAAUAUUUUCUUCAUUAUUUGUUUCCAAAACCAAAAUAAAAAACAAAACAAAACAGAUGAUGAUUAGUUUUUCAUUUUUUGAUUUUGGGUUUAAAUGAAAAAAUGGGAAAAAAGGAUAACGGACUAAACCAGAACUAAACCAGGACUAAACCAGGACUAAAACCAGGACUAAACCAGAACUAAACCAGAACUAAACCAAGACUAAAACAGGACUAAACCAAGACUAAAACCAGGACUAAACCAAGACUAAAACAGGACUAAAACAGGUCUAAGACAGAACUGAAUAGAAACCAGGACUAAACCAAGACUAAACCAGUCUCUGUUCCAGCCUCAGUCCUGGCCUCAGUCCUGGUCUGGUCCUGGUCUCUGUCCCGGUCUCAGUUCUGAUCACCUGACAGUCUAUGCAGGCGCACUUCUGAGCCCGUCCCAACACUCAGUCCUGGUUUAGUCCUGGUUUAGUCCUGGUUUAGUCCUGGUUUAGUCCUGGUUUAGUCCUGG